GACAGCUGCCCUGGCUCCCUCCCAGCAAGAACCCCGAGACCCUCAUCUCUCAUAAGGAAAGGGGCUUCUGGGUCCUUUAAAAAAAAAAAAAUCCCACCUCAAUCCCCCAGGGCUCUCCUGCAGCUGCUGGAGAGAGAGAUGCAGAAUGAAUGAACUUCUGGUUUCUGGAGGAGGCACGGGAAGAAAGAUUGGAAACUAACUCUGCUAGAAACUGCUGUUUUGGGGGUUUUUUUCUUCCCCUUCAUCUCCACCAGAAACCUGUCCCUUCCCUGGGCACCAAGAGAUGGGCUCCCCUUGCCUGGCAGAGAAACAGCUGGAAACUGGCUCCCUGAGACAAGAAGACUGGUAAACCCAGCGCUUCCUACCUGUUGGUCUUCAGCAAUGCCCAUGCCUUCCAGAGACCGGGGCCUGCAUCCCAGACACCACCACUAUGGUUCCCACAGCCCUUGGAGUCAGCUCCUGUCCAGCCCCAUGGAGACACCGUCCAUCAAGGGCCUUUACUACCGGAGGGUGCAGAAGGUGGGUGCCCUGGACGCCUCCCCAGUGGACCUGAAGAAGGAGAUCCUGAUCAACGUGGGGGGCAGGAGGUAUCUCCUCCCCUGGAGCACACUGGACCAGUUCCCGCUGAGCCGCCUGAGCAAACUCAGGCUCUGUCGGAGCUACGAGGAGAUCGCGCAGCUCUGCGAUGAUUACGACGAGGCCAGCCAGGAGUUCUUCUUCGACAGGAGCCCCAGCGCCUUCGGGGUGAUCGUGAGCUUCCUGGCGGCCGGGAAGCUGGUGCUCCUGCAGGAGAUGUGCGCGCUGUCCUUCCAGGAGGAGCUGGCCUACUGGGGCAUCGAGGAGGCCCACCUGGAGAGGUGCUGCCUGCGGAAGCUACUGAGGAAGCUGGAGGAGCUGGAGGAGCUGGCCAAGCUGCACAGGGAGGACGUACUGAGGCAGCAGAGGGAGACCCGCCGCCCCGCCUCGCACUCCUCGCGCUGGGGCCUGUGCAUGAACCGGCUGCGCGAGAUGGUUGAAAACCCGCAGUCCGGGCUGCCCGGGAAGGUCUUCGCUUGCCUCUCCAUCCUCUUCGUGGCCACCACGGCCGUCAGCCUGUGUGUCAGCACCAUGCCCGACCUUAGGGCAGAGGAGGACCAGGGCGAAUGCUCUCGGAAGUGCUACUAUAUUUUCAUCGUGGAGACCAUCUGCGUGGCCUGGUUCUCCCUGGAGUUCUGCCUGCGGUUUGUCCAGGCCCAAGACAAGUGUCAGUUCUUCCAGGGGCCCCUGAACAUCAUCGACAUCCUGGCCAUCUCCCCAUACUACGUGUCGCUGGCGGUGUCUGAGGAGCCCCCGGAGGAUGGCGAGAGGCCGAGCGGGAGCUCCUACCUGGAGAAGGUGGGGCUGGUCCUGCGUGUGCUGCGGGCGCUGCGCAUCCUCUACGUGAUGCGCCUGGCUCGCCACUCGCUGGGGCUGCAGACGCUGGGGCUCACCGUGCGCCGUUGCACACGUGAGUUCGGCCUGCUCCUUCUCUUCCUGGCCGUGGCUGUCACCCUCUUCUCCCCUUUGGUCUACGUGGCCGAGAAGGAGUCCGGGCGGGUGCUGGAGUUCACCAGCAUCCCCGCCUCCUAUUGGUGGGCCAUCAUCUCCAUGACAACGGUGGGUUACGGGGACAUGGUGCCCCGCAGUGUGCCAGGCCAGAUGGUGGCCCUCAGCAGCAUCCUGAGCGGGAUCCUCAUCAUGGCCUUCCCGGCCACGUCUAUCUUCCACACCUUCUCCCACUCCUACCUGGAGCUCAAGAAGGAGCAGGAGCAGCUUCAGGCCCGCCUCCGCCACCUCCAAAACACUAGUCCGGCCAGUGAAUGUGAACUCCUGGACCCCCAUGUGGCCAGUGAACAUGAGCUCAUGAACGAUGUCAAUGACCUAAUCCUGGAGGGCCCAGCCUUGCCUAUCAUGCACAUGUAACUCAGCACCCCCCAUGACUACAUGGUAACCUCAACCCAUCACCCUGCCUGAAACACACUCAAGGGUACCCCGCAUAGACCACCUGGUGGUGUUUCUAGAGCCCAGGGAAGACUUUCAAAGCUGGAGGGGCAUAAGGCCACAGAGGCUGUGUGUCUGUGAUCCUUGUCCCUCGGGGCCCCGAUGUCCCAGGCUGACUGUGUCCAGCCUGCUUGCCUUUUCCGCUCUCUGCCCAUCUACUGAGCAUGUCCAAUCUUGCUGGAGUAGCUCAGUCUCCUUUCAUUCUCUUUUCCUUCCCAGCAGAGGCUUUAACAUCCCAGGCUGGGUUCUGGAUGCCCACAGAACUGGUAACCAUUGGUAUUUGCAUACUGAGCCUAUGGAAUUUCAUGAUUUCCCUAACACCCUCCUUCCUGGGCCAUGCCACUACUGGAAAUCAAAGGUCCAGUCACUGCAAACCCCUCUAAUCAGAUCUCCCCACCCAACCUUUCCACGGGUUCCAGAGGGAUCAAUAUGUUCUCCUUCUGCUCACCACCACCAGUGAUAUUUCCCUAAUGCUGCUACCUCCCGCCAGCUCUGAACACUUGUAGCUAAGAAGGCAGAAUCAGCCUUUUUGCAGUAAAUCCCAUGUUGAGGCUGACGCCCCCAAGCCUGCCAUCCCUUACCUGGAGCUCAAGAAGGAGCAGGCAUCCCCAGGCAUGCCUGGGAUCUGGGACCUGGGACCUGGGACCUGGGACCUGGGACCUGGGACCUGGGCAGAAACUCCACUUGCCAGCACAGCCAGGCCCUCCCUAGCCGCCUGGACUCUUGGUGUGGUGUUCUCCAGUUAUCCAGUCCUUAGCCUUGACAGAGACAAACUCUUUCAGGGUCCAUGUUGUCCCUUGAGAGGAUCGUUCCUGCUGCUGGUUGCUCCCACACUGCAGGGGACCUUGGCUUUUCAACCACAGCUGAGCCCCCAUGGACUCAAUGUAGCUUUGGCAUAGAAACAAGGGGUAUUGUAGGUGCUGUCCCUUGCUGGCUUCCCAGACUAGUCAUCUCCAUGCUGGAAGAUAGACAUUCUUAGCUCACAUUUCAAUGUAUUCAUUUCUCCAUUCAUCUGUGAACAGGGUCUGUCCUUUGCAUCCAGGGGAGGAGGCAGAUGGAGGUCUGAGUCACUGGAGAUAAACCAGCAUAUUCUGAGAGCAGGCAGGAAGGAGCAAUGACUUCCAAGCAGUGGGCUCCCAAAGGCCUCACAGAGACAUGGGCAGGGCUGGAGAGUAGAGGUGUAUUUUAGGAGAUGAAGCUGAACAGCUGGGUUGGGAUGAGAAGGCGUGGGCCUUGAAUGCUUUAUGGAGGGCAGAGUGAUGUGCACAGGCUGUGGGUUAGGGAGAUGAUGAGGCUGGAUUGGGCGUGAGAAGCCCAGUUUGGGAUGAGGAGCCAUUGAGCCAUUCAGGCAAGACAGCCCUCCCUCUUUCACGGGUUUAAUCCUGCAAGAUUCUGUCAAAUCCUGGCUUCUCCCAGCAGGACACACCUUGGAGACAUCCUGAUGGCACUUCCCCAGAGUGGCAUGGCCCACACAGGAGUUUGCUGUUGGCUCUAGGACUCCUGAAGAAAGUGCACAAGAUCAAAACAGGUUGACAGUGAAGUGGUUUCGGCCCUGCCAAUCUGAUACCGUGUACGUAUGAGAGUUGUCAGCAUUUUACCACUGGUAACAAGUUCCUUGCUGUUCAUUCAUUCUGCUAAUUUUUUGCGAUUUCCCGCUGUGUGCCAGGCAUAGUCCUCCACUGAUGGCAAUGCCAGACAGCAGCGUGGCAGAGGGCUCUGGCCCAGGAAGCACCCUGCACCAGCAUCUAGUGUCCAGGGAGCCUUGGCCUCCUGGGGAGUCCGCCUUUCCUUGGAGUCCUCCAGGUGUCCCCCCAGCUGAUACGGGCACAUGUCCCCAUUUUUUUAGACCCUAAUCUUUCCCAAGCUGACAUGUCACCAGGUCACAUAGUGGUCCAGUGGCCAUGACACAAGGAAAGCCCCUGCACCCUAUAAAAUCCCCAGCCUGGAUGGCCACUCCACUCCACAAAGUGACAGGCAGAUUCCCAUAAGCGCUGGCUAGAAAUUCCAUGUCACAGGCACGUUGGACAGUAGCCACAGAAGUGUUUCUGUUCCAGACUAACAUUUAUUUAUUAUUUAUUUAUGUAUUUAUUGACAGAGUCUUGCUCUGUCUGCCAGGCUGGAGUGCAGUGGCUUGAUCUCAGCUCACUGAAACCUCCGCCUCCCGGGUUCAAGCAAUUCUCCUGCCUCAGCCUCCCAAAUAGCUGGGAUUACAGGCACCCACCACCUGUAAUCUCAGCUAUUUGGGGAUCAAAUGCUCAGCUAAUUUGAUAUUUUUAGUAGAGACAAGGUUUCACCACGUGGCCGGGCUGGUCUUGAACUCCUGAUGUCAGGUGAUCCGCCUGCCUCGGCCUCUCAAAGUGCUGGAAUUAUAGGCACGAGCCACCACGCCCGGCCCAGACAAACAUUUUUUUUUUUUUUUUUUUUGAGACAGAGUCUCGCUCUGUCACCCAGGCUGGAGUGCAGUGGCUCAAUCUCGGCUCACUGCAAGCUCCGCCUCCCGGGUUCACGCCAUUCUCCUGCCUCAGCCUCCUGAGUAGCUGGGACUACAGGUGCCACCACCACGCCUGGCUAAUUUUUUGUAUUUUUAGUAGAGACGGGGUUUCACCAUGUUAGCCAGGAUGGUCUCCAUCUCCUGACCUCGUGAUCCGCCCGCCUCGGCCUCCCAAAGUGCUGGGAUUACAGGCAUGAGCCACCGCGCCCAACCCUGACUAACAUUUUAAUAACUACUCUUAGGCAAAAUAGUAAAAGGACAAAGUCUCCCACUUACUCUCUUUCUGGGGGCUGACUGGCUUGGGCACUGGCUGAAACCCAGUGUCUUCACUCCCUGUGUGACCUCGGGCAGGCCCCUUCCCCCUCAGUUAGCUGCAGGCAGGUGUUGGACUAGAUCUGUGGUUUUCUGACCUGGGUUCCACAAAGCAAGCUCAGGGACUGUCCUGUGCAUGAGGAAGACCAGCAGCAAAGCAGGCAGAGCUCUGCCUCCUGGGGCAAAACAUUUGCAAUUAAUGACACUGAAAAGAAUGUGCAAAUCCCCAGUCUCCUCUCCUUCCAGUCAGUGUCCAGCCCAGCCCUUUGAACUAAGUGGUAAGCUCAUUCUGGAACCAGAGACAAAGCUUAAACAGCCACUGGAACGUCUGGGACCCACAUCAGCCCCCACAUCUGCCCUGCCUUCUCAUCGAAGACAUAUUUUGUGCUGCAUGCCUGGUGCAAAACUUCUUAAUGACAGCUCUGCCCAUCCCUGUAAUGGGCUUCUACCCAGGCAUGUCCCUUCUCCUCUGCUUCACCUACCAGACCUCUUCACCAAAGUGUGCCAGCACUAAAAGAAACAUUUAAAAUCAAAAUUAGGUGAAGCACCACCACCAUUAUGAGAUUCUAUAGUGUCUGAAUGUUCACCCAGUUGAGACUCUCCGCUAAAUUAGACAUGGAAAAUUGGAAUUGAUUGCUCGCAUGUGGGGCUUAAUUAAACGCUCUAUUUUUUCUCCCUGGUCAUGUCCCAGGAGACGCGUCUAAAUUGUUUUAGUCUAACCUUGCCGAACCGCCUUUCCUUCGUGCUGAUUGAAUGGGGUGGAAGUGACAAGCAAGUUACCAGGCAGUUUCUUCACCCCUGUUGGCUGAAAGGUCCCUUAUGUUACCCAGAAGCACUUGUUUUCUCUGAGGCCAGUGGGCAUGACUGUAGCCAAAGGUGGACAUCUUCCAGCUGAAGGCAAAGAGAAAACGGCCCUUUACGGCGAGCCAUUUUCGUGUUGUAUUGUCGACGUGGUUGCCAGAGGUAACUGGGAAACUUUGACUCAGCGUGUCCUAGCCAGACAGAAUUGAGCCCAAGAAGUGAGAUGGAGAAGGGUGAGUUAAUUCUUCAAUAGCAUGAAAGGGAUGCAAGACUGUACUGGGGACCCGUUGACUCUGUUUCGAUGGUUUUAGGACUUUAGAAUAUGGUAACUGGAAGUCUCAUUGGAAGACAGUCAAUCCGAGCAGGGAGUUUCCACGAGGGUCCCGUGCACCUCUGCAGAUGACGUGCAUGUCACAGUGCAAAGUGUCCAGUGAUUCCAUCGGAUUCUCAAGGGAAUCAAUGACCCCUCCAGAAGGACAACAAAUUCUUAAGUAAAUCAACUCCCUCAUUUUAAAAUGGAGAGAUGAAGCCCCGCCCAGUGGCUCAUGCCUGUAAUCGCAACACUGUGGGAGGCCAAGGUGGACAGAUCACUUGAGCCAAGGAGCGCAAGACCAGCCUGGGCAAUAUGGCAAAAGCAAGUCUCCACAAAAAAUACAAACAUUAGCAGGCUGUGGUGGCACGUGCCUGUAGUCCCAGCUACUCAGGAGGCUGAGGUGGGAGGAUCACCUGAGCCUGGGAGGUCGAGGCUGCAGUGAGUUAUGAUGGCACCAAUGCACUCCAGCCUGGGCGAUGGAGUUAGACCCAGUCUCAAAAAAAAAAAAAAAAAAAAAAAGAUGGAGAGAUUAAGGCUCAGAGAGGGAGGGCCACCAACCCAAGGCCACACAGCCAGUUCAUCUAGUUAGAUCCAAGUAUCUCAAUUUCCAGCAGAACACUCUGUCAUGCUGCUGCUCUUAGGCUCAUGUAAAACAGCGCCCAAGCCCUCAAAGAAAAGAUUGAAGAUGAGAUGGUAACAACACUUUGCCACGCUGUCCUGAGCAGAUGUCUUCGGGUGUCCCAUGUACUUUGUGUUACACAAAAGUUACACAAAUCAGUUUUACCAGACUUUCAUUUUCUCAUUUAUCCCAGGGAAAGUUUAGAUGAGAGGAUUAAAGUCCUUCCCAGUUUGGACAAUCUGUGACUCUGGGAAGUAGGGCUCAUUGCCACAGUUGAUACUACGGAGAGGGGCAGAUAAGAACACGGAGAGAGGUGAGAAAGAAAAACAGACUCUGUCCCUUGACUAUCCACAAAAUUGCUCCCUUGGCAAAAAUUGGCAAGUAGUCCAAGUUUGAAUGUAAGUUCACUGAGAUCUCUUUCCACUUCCCGCCCACCACAUCAGGGCACCUCACCCACCAUGAGGCCUCAUUCUGGAAGCACCUGGCUACCUGGCUACACACACUCAGUGGCCUGCCUUUCUCCAGCAGCGUAUAAAACUCCCUGCCUCCUCUUCCUCACAGUGACAUGCUAAUCCUGGGGAUCACCUAAUGAAAGGUUACUAGUCACCAAGCAAUUGAUUUUUUAACAUUUUACUUGGAUAAUAUGUCAAACCCACAAAAAAGUUGCAAGAACAAAAAUAGCGCAUAAAACACCUCAACACCACUUUUGUUUGUUUGUUUGUUUUUGCAUUUUGUCCAUCUGCUUUCUCCUUUGCUCCAUCUUUUUUUUUUUUUUUUUU